GCGAUUCAUGAGUCGGGACGACUUGGUACCGAUACAAUGUGUGCGAUAACUUUGAACAUCCUUGAAUUCAACUUAACGUAAAGAUCAUCAAAUCGAAGAUGGAAUCAAACGCAGAAACAGAGAAUUUCGUGACUGUAGUGUCAGUAGGGAGCGAACCACCUGUAAAAACUGACCAACCACCAACAGAUUUAAAUGGAUCAGGAUACGUGACAGUUCUUACAAUUGGUGACAACGACUCCAAAGAUGUCACAGAAGAAGUACUGGUUUAUAGACUUCCAGGGGAGCGACUCGGGUUUGGUUUAAAGUUCGAAGGUGGCACUAAAGCAAGUGAAUUUGUGAAAAGACUUUUCAUUCAAUCUUGUGCCGCUGACAGUCCGGCCUCGCGUGUGAAAAGUUCAUGGGGUAAGUUAUCCGAAGGGGAUGAAGUGCUUAAAAUCGACGGCAUACCGGUGAACUCCAUGACUAGGAUUGAUUGUGUUAGGUGUCUCAAGGACUCGAAUGUUGUUAUUAAGCUCCUAGUGAGGCAUUUUGCGGAAGUUAAGAAUGUCCAGAAGGCUAGGUCUGUUGAAGAUAUACCAUUAGUAAUUAGUGCUGAGAAGAAGCGGAUACCACCUCCUCCACCACCAGUUCCUCCUAGAAAAAUACCUAGAAAGUUCAUGAAAAGUCACCAAGAGAAUAAGGAAAAUCAGGAGAUCAAUAACAAUCCAGUACCUACCUCAAGGCACAUUAAUGAAGCUUCCAAAGCUAAGAAAUUCCAAUCCCCCAGGUCCAGUGGCAGAGCCUCGUACUCACCGGAUAUACCACGAAGAGACAGGCGUUUUUCUGACGGGAGCUUGGGACCUCCAGACGCAGAAGUCUACAUAAACCUUAUAUCUCAAGAAUCAACUCAAAGUCUAAGUGAAUCCGAUGACACUGGCAGCACCAUAUCGACGGUCAUAGACAGAUUGAGUUCCUUCCCAACAACCACAACCUCAAGCUUCGCUGGUAGCUUGCCCUCAACCCCCACGUCAGUCCAAAAACAACUCGACCUCACAAACUUGCUGAACUUCGAGGACGAAGAAAUCACGUCCCAAAAACCGGUGACAAUCACCCCUUUGACUAAAGACGAACCCGACAAAGGGCAGAACGAUGAAGACGGCGUACCCUUGCAGCCGCCUUCGUAUUUUCAAGACGCCCCACUUAGUUACGGGAACGAGGAUAUGAGAGUGAUUGAAACGAACGAAAUGGACCAGGUCAAAAAGAAUGAGGAUAACAAUGUGACCAGAAAACCACCUGUACCACCUCGUUCAAGAGACCUUGUAAACGGAAUCGAUAGAGAGAAGAGCAUACACGAUGAGAACAUGAACAUUCCCAGUUUACCACGAUUAGUGGACUUUUUGCCUAAGGCAAGCACCAAGGAGAACAUCGAAGUGAUGAAGCUGUUUCUGGAUAACGAAAGACGUGAUUUCAAUGAUGAAUAUUACUUUGACAUGGACAUGUAUAAUGCCGACGAUAUUUACAGUAGUAAGUGGAGUAUUUCACCCCAACUAACCACUAUCGGUGAAGUGGAAGAGGAACAGCAAGAACCAAGUUUUGAUAGAUCAAACACGAAAUCAACACCUAUUGUUAUUGUUGAAAAUGCGGAUACCACAAGGAAGUCUGAAAUCAGUAAUAUUAUGGAACAAGAAAAAAUUAAAGACAUAGAUGGCAAUAUGGAUACUCCUCCCAGUGACUCAAGGCAGCCACCCGAUGGACACGAGUUUCCAGACUAUGUAGAAUCAAAUAAAAUUUCAAGCGCAAUGUCUUACGACUCAGUAGAACCAGAUCCGAAGAUAUACAAGUCAGUGGAGUGCAUUAAUCUAACUCAGAAUGUCAGUUCCUUAAAUGAUCACUCGAUUACAAAUAACGUAACGCUUAAGAAGACUACUAGUGUGUCUAACCAUGAUCUUAGUAACGUCGGAAGACCGCCGAUGUAUGAGAUCAGUGAUGAUAUUAAAUUUAACAAUAUACCUGAACCAACAAAACUCCAUACCAGAUCGCAAAGUCUCAUAGACAUGUCGGCUUUAUCCAAACAGAAGAACGACAAGUGGAACAUGAUGAUGGAGCAAAGACGGAAGGGCCUGUCUAAAUUAAAGGGCUUGGUAAUACCAGAAAAUGUAAAUGAAACUGAAACAACUCCUGCCAUAAACAUACCUGAAAUAAAAAGUAUACCAAAUGCUUUGCCAGUAACUAAAUUAGAGGAGGAAUUCAAUUCCCCUAAAGAAAAUUCGAAUAGUUAUAAUGAAUAUACAAGAUUAAGCUUAAAUUCGCCCCCUUGGUUAAAUCAAACAAAUACCCUUCCAAAGUAUUCGCCCGCCUUUAAGAGAAAGACUUUGCAUGUUUACACGACAACAGUGCAAAAGGAGAAGACAAAACCUACUAAACUUGAAGUGGAUGAAAACAUGUCCGACCCUCCAAAGUCUUUAGAAAGUAUUACAUCACCAACCAGGUCAGAUUACAGCUUUGAUUACGUCAGUUGCUCGAAGAAAACCGCCAAAAAUGACCCGAAAAAAGAAUCUCACAUCCUCAACAGACUUUACAAAGACGUGGGGAAAUCGGAGGACGAGAGCGACAACGAUUCAGCCGUCAGCAGCAGCCAGUCAUCGUACAUUUCCAGAUGCUCACCACCGGCGUCACCGACAAUCAACGAUUACGAGAACCUCCACGGCAAAUCAGACGACUAUAACUCCCAGUGUAGACUUUUAAAACCUUCAAGUGUAGAAGCCAUAAACCGUAAAAAUAUUCUUGCGUCCGCCAAGUGUAGAAGUGGUAGAGACUUGAAAGUCGGUUCGCCUGUGAUACAAAGGAAGAACAAUGAAAAGGAAGAAGCGAAGGAUGACAUCAAAGAGAAAGUCAACACGGCAUUUUCCCAAGUAGACGACAUCGCGAAGGAAAUUGAGACUACGUCUGUGAUUGUGCCAAAUGGUACCUCUACCCCUAUCAAACCUCCUUCUAGUAGCAUCUCUAAUGUUAGUGCCACAACUGUUAUAAAAGAAAAAGUUACACCAAAUAUUUCAUCCUCUCCUUCAGGCCUGUCUAAACCAACAUCACCAUCAGCAAAAAUAGAAGUACCGACACCCAAAAAAGAACCUUUAAAAGAACCACUAAAAUUCGACUACAAAAACAGCAGCUAUUUCCGUAAGCAGCCUGCAGUGAGUGUCAAUGAUUUGAAGAAAAAUUUCGAAAAGUUUGGUACUUCACCGGCGUUGCUGCCAAACAAAAUUGUUAUGCCUAAAACCAUUGUAACAAAACCAGUGAAAUCUGUGAUGGAAACUAAGAAUCACUUACAGAAAACAAUAGAUACAACCGCUAAGAAAAAUCCUGAAGUUAAGACUGAAGUAAGAAGGGCGAGUGUUGUCAAACGAGUAGUUCCUACUGAGACGUUACAUCAGAAAACUGUUGUCGUCAAAGUUGAAAAGGGUGGAAUUUUGGGCGUUAGUUUAGCAGGCGGAGACGAUUGCGAAAACAAAGACAUAACUAUUCAAAGAAUCCGUUAUGGAAGCCGUGCUUAUGAAGAUGGGACUUUAAAAAGAGGCGAUAGAAUCGUGUCGGUCAAUAACGUUCCGUUCAAAGGACUAACGCAUGAGAAAGCUGUCAAUCUUCUCAAAGGAGACGACAUGGAGUAUAGUUUUGUGAUUGAAGAAAGCGAAAUAGCAAUAGUUCCAACGACCUCCAGGAGACUAUCAGCAGCUCUUUCCACUCAAGAUUUGAAAAGCACUGGUUUAGAAAAGGUAGCAGUAAAGUCCCCCACCAACGUCAUCACUUUGAACAAAGACGGUGCAGGGCUUGGUUUUAGUAUUGAAGGAGGAAAGGACUCACCCCAAGGAGAUGUGCCAUUGUUGAUCAAGAAAAUUUUCCAAGGGAGUGCCGCUGAAAAAUCCGGUGAAUUGAAAGUUGGCGACGAAAUUCUCGCAGUCAAUGACAUUUCCUUCGCCAACUUGACAAGAAUAGAAGCAUGGAACCAGAUGAAGAAACUGCCUGAUGGAAAGGUGUCAAUACAUCUUUUCCGUUGAAGGGGUUACCUGAUUUACUGUCGUUUAAUGUCGAUGAUGUUUACUGCUUACCCAUUUGCUUAUUUAUUUAUAUCGUAUGAAGUCUUGCCUAUUAUUUCGCUUCUAUAUUAUUUAAUGAAUGUACUUACAUUUUAAUAAGUAGUUUCGUAAAUUAUGCGUUAAAAUUAUGCUUUGUCGUUAUGUCAUUACAUAUAUUUUAUCAAAUGCUCUGUGUAAUAAAUUAUAUUUAUAUAUAAUAUAAAUAUUGUAUAUAACAUUUAAUAAUAUAUUUUUUUGGAGAA